GCUUGGUUUUUCUUAUCUUCUUGUCGGGAUUGAUUCGAUUGCAAUGGACAUGAAGGAUAAGAAACUAACGGUCAUAGGAACCGUGGAUCCCGUAAAUAUAGUGAGCAAACUGCGCAAAUAUUGGGCAUCACCAAGUAUGAUCUCAGUUGGGCCAGCAGAAGAACCUAAGAAGAAAGAAGAGCCGAAGAAGGAGGAACCCAAGGCCGAGGAAGCAAAGAAAGAGGAACCCAAGAAGGAGGAAGCUAAGAAAGAAGAAGAGAAAAAAGAAGAACCCAAGAAGGAAGAAGAGAAGAAAGAGGAAAAGAAAGGAGAAGAGAAGAAAGAGGAAAAGAAAGAAGAAGAGAAAAAGAGAGAAGCACCUCCACCAGACCCUGUUUUAGAGCUUGUUAAGGCUUACAAAGCAUAUAAUCCCCAACUCGCCGCAUAUAAUCCCCACCUCGCCGCACAUAAUCCAUUCCAAACCUCAUAUUACUACGUGCAACCAAUGGAGGAGAAUCCAAAUGCUUGUGCUAUUUUAUAAUUAAUGGGCUACCAAAAACUGAGUGAAAAAAAUUAAAUCUUUUCUUUGUUGGUAUAGGAGGCAAACACCCAAGAUUGCCUUUUAUUUUCAAGGGCCAUGCCUAUGAGGACGAUGCUGUGGGACAAGGCAGCUGACAAGGAACUGAGUAAGAGCACACUCACGGGUUUGAGAUUGAGAGCUCUCUUUAAAAUGUGUCAAGUUGUUUUUUUUUCACAUCUCGUGUAUUUCUGUGUUUUAUGCUACUAUAUGAAAUAAAAAGUGAUGGUUCUCAUA